AAAAUGUACACCCACAUUAUAUGCUUAUAUAGCUUAUAUCUAUAGAAAGACAAAGGCUUUAAACUCCUUUUAAGUUGCUUGAACAAAAAGCAUAGCAAUUCUCUCUGUUUUUUUUCUGCAGAUUAAAAUAAAACCAUAAACAGACAUUUCUUCUCUGUUUUCCAGCUUUUGUCUUUGGAGUUUGGUUUCUGGAGAAGACAAAAGUCUCUACCUUUUUAAGAGUUCGAAAUCCAUUUUCCAUAAGUACUAGUAUAUAAGUGGAGAUCAUUCAUAAAUCAUUUAAGAAGUCUUCUCGAGUCUUGUGAGCCUUGGAUUCUUGAUUUGGUGAUGAUGGAUAUGGAGGUUAAGCAGAUAUUGAAGAGUCUAUGUUUCAGCUAUGGAUGGUCUUAUGCUGUCUUUUGGCGCUAUGACCCCAUUGAUCCCAUGUUACUGAGAGUUGAAGAAACACACAAUGAUGAACAAUCAGCCACACUCGUUGAUGAUAUGAUUCUCCAGACUCAUGUCUUAGGCCAGGGCAUUGUGGGUGAAGCUGCUUUAACCGGUAACUACCAAUGGCUGUUCUCAGACACACUUGUUCAGUGUGAGCAUGAGUUUCUGAAUCAGUUUCUCUCUGGCUUUAAGAGUAUCGCAAUCAUUCCAGUAGGAUCAAGCGGCGUUAUUCAGUUAGGCUCUACACAAAAGAUUGUUGAGAGCCUAGAGAUGUUGGAAGAAACAGCAAGAGCACUGCAGGAAAAGCAUUCUUUGAAACUAAAGGAUCAGUCUGUGGAUCUAGAUACUUUGUUCGAGUCUCUAGCACCUCUGGUAGACUGUGACAUUGUUCCUGAAUCUUUCCAAGGACUCAGUUUCGAUGACAUCUUCACUGACGACACUAAUCCUCCUUCUUUGCUCAGCCCUAGUUUCGAUAAACCAACUUCUGAAGCAUCUCUAAAACCUUCUUCUUCAGACAUUAAUGGGGAUGAUGAUUGUGUGUUUGACAUUCUCAACUCUUACUCUGUGGACGAUCUGUUCCAGCUGCUGGCUGAUUCACCAGAACAGAAUUGCUCAUCAGGAGGUGAUCAGGAAAGCUCCAUGGUGAUCCAAGGAAACGACAAGGAUCUUUUCGACAUUUUGGGGAUCCAUUCCCAUGAUUCUCCGCCUCAGAAAAAAGGACUAUUCUCUGAGCUCAUAAGCACUAGCCUUAGCAACAGCACUAGUUGUCUCACAAAUGUGCAAGAAGACUCUUAUUCUGGCCUGAAUCAGAGCAAGAGACGGAAACUUGACACAUCAACAAGCUCAAGCGUCUUCAUGACUCAGGCAGAAGAGACACUAUCAACACCUAUUAGUACUCCCCUGUGGAUUGAUAAUUGGAAGAAACCUCAAGAAGAAGAAGAUGGAGUGAAGAAGAAGAAGAAAAGAGGAGAAAGCAGGAAGCCAAGGCCUAAAGACAGGCAGAUGAUACAAGACCGUAUCAAGGAGCUACGAGGGAUGAUUCCAAAUGGAGCAAAGUGUAGCAUUGAUACGUUGCUUGAUCUGACGAUAAAGCACAUGGUGUUCAUGCAAAGCAUCGCCAAGUACGCUGACCAACUCAAACAACCAUACGAGUCUAAGCUGGUGAAGGAGAAGGAGAGAACAUGGGCGUUGGAAGUUGGGGAUGAUGAGUCGGUGGUGUGUCCAAUCAUCGUGGAGGAUUUGAAGACGCAAGGACAAAUGCAGAUAGAGAUGGUUUGCCAGGAAAGUGGGGAUGAGUUUCUUGAGAUUGCACAUGUGGUGAGAGGUCUAGGAUUGAACAUAUUGAAAGGAGUCAUGGAAAGGAGACAGGGAAGGAUAUGGGCACACUUGAUCGUUGAGUCAAAGCCACACGUCACAAGGCUUCAACUCUUUUACUCACUUGUUCACCUCUUUCAACAACAAAACCCACCACACUCCUCUUCUUCCCAAUCCCACCACCAAACAUGACUUAUAGGACUCACUUACUACUCUUUAUGUAUGCUUUAGUUUAUUUCUUACAUCUGAUUUUAUUUGUCUUCCAUAUUUGAUUGGUGGAUGGCAAAGAAAGCUGUUGAUAGUUAACUAGUUCCAUCCCAAAGCGUUUGUACUAGGAAACAUGAAAUGAAGGAUUUAUUUUUGGCUUUAA